CAGUAGCAUAUUAUUUCCUGAUCAUGACAUUAAUCUUUCAACUGUGCUUGACCUCCAGCUUUGCUAUACGUGCCUUCGCCGUACUGGCCGGCGGUAUCGUGUUAGCUCUAUGUUGGGUUUUUCUAAGGAGCACCUCCUCUCCUCUCGCCGCAUUUCCGGGACCCGACCCACAGGACUGGAUCUUUGGAAAUCUUUUGGAGGUCUUUGAGUCAGAGCACGGUGCACCUCAUGAGAGAUGGGCGGAAAAGUAUGGACAUGUGUUUGUUUAUCAAUGUCUUUUUGGGGAGAAACGUUUAUCUACCAUCGAUGCAAAAGCCCUUAAUCAUAUAUUACUCGAAAAAGCAGAGCUCUACCCAAGAACACCAUCGGACUUGAGGGAACUGGAUCACUCAUUGGGACAUGGGAUCGCUAGCGCCCAAGGUGAACCUCAUCGACGACAAAAGAAGAUGCUUCUUCCCUUCUUUUCCCCUACACAAUUAAAGGAAGCUUCCCCUAUGUUUGAAGAAAAGUCCCAACAGUUGUGUUCAAUUCUACGUCAAAUGCUCGAAGACAACGACUCAUCUUCUAAAAAUGAUAAAAAUAUGAUAGUGGACAUGUAUGCUUGGUUCAACCGUGUCACCUUGGAUAUUAUUGGACAAGCAGGUUUUGGCCACAGCUUCAACUCCCUACUAGGUGAAGAUCAUGUAACUAGAGCGCUCAACCGCCUUUUCUGCUCCGGUGCCUUUCAGUAUACAGGGAUCACCUUUCUUAUACGCACAGCGGUCAGGGAAUUCACUUUCCUACAGAAAUUCAUCCGAACACAACGCACGAAAGCUAUGAAAGAAGCCUUACGUAUUCUCACGGAGCAAGGCUGGAAGAUUUACGAAGCGAGACAUUCAGAAGUUACUUCAGGUUUGGAAAAGGACAAAAAAGAUUUGAUCACUCUUUUGAUUAGGGAAAACUCCAAGACCACUUCAGGAGACAAGCUUCGAGAGGAUGAGAUCAUGUCACAAAUAUCGACCUUCAUAGCGGCUGGAAGCGAAACGACUGCUACCUCUCUGAGUUGGGCCACGUGGUUAAUGACUCGGUACCCUGAAGUUCAAGUCAAGUUGCGCAAUGAGCUUUUGAACGCUCUAGAGAAGUGCCCCACUGGCAGUCUCGAACCGGAGAUGAUAUAUUCUCUGCCGUAUCUGGAUGCGUUUUGCCGCGAAGUAUUGCGCUUCAUACCCCCCGCGACAAGCAUGUUACGGCAAGCCAUAUCAUCAGAUCAGAUACCUCUUUCUACCCCAGUCACACUUCGUAACGGGGAUAUAGUCAACUCCAUACCUAUACAAAAAGGACAGACGAUUUUGAUUCCCAUCAGUGCUUAUAAUCGCUCCAAAUCCGUGUUCGGUCCUACUGCUGAUCAAUUCGAUCCAGAAAGAUGGAUGUCCAAAAACUCGGAGCGAGAAGGAGAUUCAGGUGUAUCUAUUUCAGGACAAGCUGUCGGACUAUGGGCAGGUCUCUUGAGCUUUGGGACAGGCCCCAAGUCGUGCAUUGGAUACAAGUUCUCUGUGAUGGAGAUGAAGGUGAUCCUGGCUCACUUGCUAUUGGAAUUUAAAUUUGAAGAGAGGGAUCCAGGAGGUGGACCUCUGAUCGAAAGAAGAGCCAAUAGUGUUGUCAGACCGAGGAUAGCAGGCAAGAAGAAUGGCGCUGAGAUGCCUCUUCGGAUUAGCUUUUGGAAACAGUAGUGAUUCUUCAUUUCUUUAAAGGUUGACAACUUCCAUCGAAAAGAUGUACUUGUAAUUUUGGCUUAUGGGCAGCGUUUAUUAUGAAACACACGAGAGUUGGUUGGAUUGU